AUCACCCCGUCACUCGUUCUUCUUCUCCUCCUUCUCCCUCUCCCUCCCCUCCCUCCUCCCACCAUCAUCUACCAUAGCAUAUACCCACUAAACAUGCGCCGCUCAUGCAGGCUGGCCGCGUUUCUUGGCCUUGCUGCCCUUGCCGCUGCAGAUCUGAGGCAUCAACCACUCUCAACACAUCAUAAACGUGUAGCAAGCAGUGGGAUCAUAUACGACGGUCAGAUCGCUAGCUCAUACGAUUACGUCAUCGUUGGCGGCGGUCUUGCUGGCCUCGUCCUUGCAUCUCGCCUCUCAGAGGACGCAAAUGCCACUGUGCUCGUACUUGAAUCUGGCGACACAGGAGACGCAGUCCGGUCCUCUAUCGACACACCAGGUGAUGCCUACUACUCCUCCCUUCUCGGCACCUCCUAUGACUGGCAAUUCGAAACCGUCCCCCAAGAGAUGCUGGACAACCAUGCUGUCUCCUGGCCUCGUGGUCGUCUGCUCGGCGGAUCAACAGCCGUCAACGGGAUGUACCUCGUUCGUCCUUCCCAGCUCGAAUUCGAUACCUGGGCACAGCUUCAAGGCGGUGCCGCCGGCGCGAAUGACUGGUCGUGGUCUGGAAUGUUCCCUAUGAUGAAGAAGAGCGAGAAUUUCACCGCUCCCAGUGCGGCUAUCUCCGAUGCGGGAGCAAUACAGUACGAUAUCAACUCGCAUGGUACUGCUGGCCCCGUGCACUACUCCUUCCCGGGGUACAUCGUCCCGGCCGUAGGCAACUGGACCGAGACGCUCGACUGGAUCGGAAUUGUGCCGAACCCAGACCCGGAUGGUGGCCAGGGCUGGGGUGCGUUCAUCGCGACAAGCUCGAUUAACCCAGAUAACCUCACUCGGUCUUACUCUCGAUCGACGUACAUCGACCCCCUCCCGCCUCGCCCGAAUCUCGCCAUCCUUCCCAAUGCCACCGUCACCAGGCUCAUCCUUGCCCAAAGUGGACAGGUGGUCAACGCGACUGCCGUCGAAUUCCAGGCUUAUGAUGGUGCACCUGUCCAGACCGUCGGCGUAAAUAGGGAGGCCCUCCUUUGUGGAGGCGCGAUUGGCAGCCCGACCGUGCUCAUGCGCUCUGGUAUCGGCCCCACGAACAUCCUCCAGCCUCUGGGUAUCUCGACUUAUGUCAACCUCCCCGGUGUUGGCCAGCAUCUCCAGGACCAUCUUUCUGGUGAAGUCGUCUUCUCUACCACUGCAGAGACGGCUGCAUCAAUCCACUCUUCCGGAUCUGACCCUUCAUCUGCCUUCCUUUCCUUUAUCAACUCGGCUAUCGCUUACCCCAAUAUCACCGACCUACUGGGCGACUACGCCCCCACCUUCCAGAGCGACAUCCUGAACAACCUUACCUCGUCAGCAUCUAGCCUUGUCCCGUCCACCGACCCGACCGUCAUCGCUGGCUACAAAGCGACGUACAAUGCUCUCGCGAACACGAUCCUGCCCUCUCAAGUUGGGCAGAUCGAGUUGCUCUUCUCGCUCACAGGCACGUCCUUCGGCGCUAACUCGAUCGCCAUCCAAGCCGCCGGUCAGCACCCCUUCUCCCGCGGUCAGCUAUACAUCAACAGCACGUCGGCAUUCGACAAGCCCAUUAUCGACCCUGGCUACCUUACCCACCCCGCAGAUAUCAUCGUCCUCCGUGAAGGGCUCAAGCUUGCUCGUACCCUCGGCCAGACGUUCCCCUUGAACGCCGUCAUCACCGGAGAGCUCUCUCCGGGCAGCACAGUAAGCACAGACGACGAAUGGGACAACUGGCUCGUCGGCGUCGUCGGUACCGAGUACCACCCAGCCUCAUCAUGCUCCAUGCUCCCGCUCGACCAGGGAGGUGUCGUCGACCCCUCACUGCACGUCUACGGCACAGGCAACGUCCGUGUUGUGGACGCCUCUGUCUUCCCUAUCGAGUUCUCAGCGCAUCUUAUGGUUCCGACGUACGGGUUGGCAGAACAGGCCGCGCAGAUGAUCCGACAGCUCUGGAACGAGGGUGUCACACCUAGCCAAGCCACCGCUACUGCCACUGGCUCCCUAGGGCCUAGCUCGAGCGGGACCACCGGUGCAACCCCCACAGCAGGAGCGAAGAGCGCUGUUCUAGGGUUGAGCCCUGCUUCUUUCCUUGCCGUAGGUGUGGCAGCUGCAUUGGGAGCGUUAGUGCUGUAGGUUUUGGAGGCUGGACUCCCGGCAUAGAGCCGCUCGGGUUUGUUGCAUCCUUUUUUUUUCUCUAUCUCGGCGUGCUUGCGAUCGCGAGUACUGAACUGUUCCCUGAACUAUUGGGCAAACGUGUUACCACACCCCACACCCUACAUCCAAUCGUACCACCGUAUCGUCUAUCCUAGUCUGCCUUAUACAAGGACUCUGUUUUUUACUUACUGUCUGAUGUGGAACAAACCCUGGUCGUUUUCAUUUUAUACUAUUUCUCCAACGUGUGAAUGUUGUAGGGGAUAUUGAUACCCUUAAGAUGGUUCUGAGAUGAUAUUCAUCGUGAAUU